UUUUUUUUUUUUAAUUUCUUUUUUUCUUUACGCUGCAAAUUUACAGUUUACACUUAUGGAAGUUGAAGCUAAAAAAAGCGCUUCCGCUCUUUCUUAACUUCUCUGUAAGCUCCGGCGAAGCCUGGAUCUAAAAUCUAGCAAUUUUUCGCGAUUGAAGGAGGAAAAGUGAUCAGUUUGAGGAAGAUAAAACAUGUCUGCACUCUUUAAUUUUCAUUCGUUUCUCACGGUUGUGCUAUUGGGAAUUUGUACUUGCACUUAUGUGAAGAUGCACUUCCCCGCUAUCCUAGAGCAAAGAACAGGGUUUCGAGGGUUUUUCUGGAAAGCUGCCAGAAUAGGUGAGCGUUUGAGCCCCUGGGUGGCUGCAGGGUGCUUCACCAUGGGUGUGUCAAUUAUAUUUUUCUAAGGAGAAGCUUCUUGCCUGUGUAUUUUGAAGUAAGCUCCAUCCUUUUUAUUGUUCUGGGAAAAUAUGUUGCCCAUUAGAAUUUGAUGUCACUAAAUAUUUUCUAUGAUAGGAAGUGUAUUGAUAACGUUGUUUCAUUACCAUAUUAUGGACCGGUUUUGAAGGCAUUUUUUUGGCAAACAUGGUUAUUGAUUUUGCUAUUUAUUAUACAACUGCAUUGAUCAUUAAAUUGAUAAAUUCUUAA